AUGCUUGACCAGGUUUUGGAGCCUCUAGCCCUGCUCGAACACAUCGAUUUUCUUGAAAGGCUUGGAUUAUCUUAUCACUUUGAGGACGAAAUAAAGAAAAUAUUGAAGGGUAUAUACACAAAUAAUCAUUUUGGUAUGGAUGCAUGGAAGGGAAAUUUACAUGCUACAGCUCUCGCAUUUAGACUUCUACGGCAAUAUCAAUAUUGGGUUCCUCAAGAGGUUUUUGAUAUUUUCAUGGAUGAGACAAGGAAUUUCAAGGAAUCUCUACGUAAUGAUAUCUUGGGGAUGUUAUCGCUAUAUGAAGCGUCCUUCCUCUUGCUGGAAGGUGAAACUAUUUUGGAAGAAACAAGAGACUUUACUUCCAAAAAUCUUCAAGAAUAUGUCAAGAACAACAAAGAGGAAAAUUAUCUUUCUAUAUUAGUGGGCCAUGCCUUGGAGGUUCCACUGCAUUGGAGAGUACCUAGGGUGGAAGCCAGGUGGUUUAUUGAUUUAUGCAGGAAUAACAAGAAAUAUAUGGAUCCAACUUCUCUUGAACUUGCAAUAUUAGAUUUCAACAUUGUGCAAUCAACGCACCAGCAAGAAUUGAAAGAUUUGUACAGGUGGUGGAGGCACAGCGGUCUUGGACAAAUUAUGAACUUUUGCAGAGAUAGGUUGGUGGAGAAUGUCUUAUGGAACGUGGGAAUGGUAUUCGAACCACAAUAUGGAUACUGCAGAAAAAUUUCAACCAAAAUAUUUUUGCUGCUGACAGUAGUUGAUGACACAUAUGAUUCCUACGGUACACUUGAUGAACUCGAGAAGUUUACAAAUGCUUUUCAAAGUUGGGAGACGAAUGCAAUGGAUGCAUUAUCUGACACUAUGAAAUUGAGCUUCCUUGCUGUGUACAACACCACAAACGAAUUGGCAUAUGAUGUUCUAAAAGAACAAGGGUUACACAUCAUUAAAUACCUUAAAAAACUGUGGGCAGAUCUUAGUAAAUGUUAUUUACUGGAGGCAAAGUGGUACACUAGUGGACACACGCCAACCUUCCAAGAAUACUUAGAGAAUGGAUGGGUUUCCAUUGCAGCACCAAUUGUACUAGUGAUUGCGUAUAUUUGUGUGACAAAUCCACUAAGGCAAGAGGCAAUUAUGUUAUUAGCCAUGGAAGGGUAUCCGAGUAUAAUCCGCGAAGCAUCAAUUAUUGGUCGACUCACCAAUGAUCUCUCUACAUUGCCUUUUGAAUUAGAAAAGGGCAAUGUUCCCACAUCCAUCCAGUGCUACAUGAAUGAAUUUGGCGCUUCUGAGGAUGAAGCGCGUCAACAUAUAAAGUUGAUAAUUGAUGAGUCAUGGAAGCAGUUGAAUAAAGAUCGAGAUGCAAAUUCUCCCUUCUCUCGUACGUUCCUUGACAUUUGCACUAAUCUUCCUAGGAUGACAAUGUGGUUUUACGAUGGAAGAGAUGGUUUUGGUGUUCAAUACCACUGCAAAACAAAAGAUUGUGCCUCUUCACUGCUUCUUAACUCAAUUCCGCUUGGACAUGAAGACCAAGAUAUAUAAUUACAAG